AUGAAUGCGCAGCAGGCCUUGGCAAAGCUGUAUGAAAACCUUGACCAUCUAAUGCGACUAAUAUCUAAGGUGCUAGAGGGUACUGGACUUAUAACAAAGAUACUAGAGGGUACUGGACUUACAACUAAGGUGCUAGGGAGUACUGGACAUAUAAGAAAGGUGCUAGAGGGUACUGGACAUAUAAGAAAGGUGCUAGAGGCAGGCCUGGUAUUUCCAGAGUGGGCCUACAAGCCAGAAUCGAGCCCUGGUUCUCGUCAGAUCCAGCUCUGGCACUUUAUCUUAGAGCUACUGCAAAAGGAAGAAUACAAACUCAUCAUUGCAUGGCAGGGUGACUAUGGAGAGUUUGUCAUCAAGGACCCUGAUGAGGUGGCACGCCUUUGGGGAAACAGGAAGUCUAAACCCCAGAUGAAUUAUGACAAACUCAGCAGAGCACUCAGGUACUAUUACAAUAAAAGGAUUCUACAUAAAACUAAAGGAAAAAGGUUUACUUACAAGUUUAACUUCAGCAAACUAAUUCUUAUAAACUACCCAAUGUGGGAUGUCACGCAAUCCCCUCUUGUCAUGGCCAACAACUCGUAUCGCAGUUCUCUUAUACAAGCUGCUGCACAGAAUGAGCAUGAAAGUAAACUUAUGGGCCUUUAUGACUCUGAGUUUAUCCUAGUCCCCCUUCCCUAA